AAAAAAGACAAGGAUGUAGUCGCAGGGAAGGAUCGGAGGACUUUUUGGUAGAGGUCCUCAUCGUCACCCGACCCGGCGCUGAAAUAUAGUUUUGGUGGGUGAAUUAAACGAACUACGUACAUACUCCCAGCCCAGCCAUAUAUAUAUAUGAUAUAUCUUUCAAUUCCCGUCUACUAUACGUUACUUCCCUGUGUUGAGCAAGAUCGAUCGUCGUCGGAAAAUCAAUUACGUAAUUAAUUAAAUGAAGAUAGAGGUGAAGCAGUCGAGUAUGGUGAGGCCGGCGGAGGAGACUCCGCGCCGGAGCCUGUGGAACUCCAACGUCGACCUGGUGGUCCCCAACUUCCACACGCCGAGCGUGUACUUUUACCGGCGCCCGAUCGGCUCGGCGCCUGACUUCUUCGACUCCGGGGUCCUCCGGGAUGCGCUCAGCCGAGCCCUGGUGCCGUUCUACCCCAUGGCCGGCCGCCUCAAGAGGGACCAAGACGGUCGCAUCGAGAUCAACUGCAACGCCGCCGGUGUUCUGCUGCUGGAGGCGGAAUCUGACGGCUUUGUCGACGAUUUCGGUGACUUCGCUCCCACGUUGGAGCUCCGGCAACUCAUCCCGGCGGUGGAUUACUCUCAGGGCAUUACCUCCUAUCCUUUACUACUUUUGCAGGUGACAGAGUUCAAAUGCGGAGGAGUGUCCUUAGGUGUGGGAAUGCAACACCAUGUGGCAGACGGAGCUUCAGGCCUACACUUCAUCAAUACCUGGUCAGACAUGGCUCGCGGCCUUGACCCCACCCUACCACCUUUCAUCGACAGGACGCUGCUCCAAGCGCGGGACCCACCUCAACCGCAGUUCCACCAUGUUGAGUACCAACCGCCUCCCAGCCUGAACAACGACAGCGCCGCAUUGCAGCAGCCUGCAGGUGAGCAGGCAGCCGUGUCCAUAUUCAGACUAUCCAAAGACCAAAUAUGUGCUCUCAAAGCUGGCAAAUCAAAGGAAGGCACCGUGUAUAGCUCUUACGAAAUGUUGUCGGGCCAUGUUUGGCGUUGCGCUUGCAAGGCACGAGGGCUGAAUGAGGAUCAAGAAACGAAACUGUACAUAGCCACUGACGGGAGGUCGAGGCUGAGACCACCUCUCCCACCAGGCUAUUUUGGUAACGUGAUAUUCACGGCCACUCCCAUUGCACUCUCCGGAGAUCUCCAGGCGAAGCCCGCAUGGUUUGCCGCUAGCAAAAUCCAUGACGCGCUGAGCAGGAUGGACGACAGCUACUUGAGAUCGGCGCUUGACUACUUGGAAGCUCAGCCUGACCUCAAGGCCCUUGUGCGUGGGGCUCACACAUUUAGGUGCCCCAACCUCGGGAUCACGAGCUGGGCCAGGCUGCCCAUCCACGAAGCCGAUUUUGGGUGGGGAAGGCCGGUUUUUAUGGGACCUGGUGGCAUCGCUUACGAAGGGCUGAGCUUCAUACUCCCAAGUCCCACUAACGAUGGUAGCUUAUCUGUGGCUAUUUCCUUACAGUCUCAUCAUAUGAAGCUUUUCAAAGAUUUUCUGUACGAUAUCUGAGGAGGACAUUAUAAGAUCGAUGUUCUUGCAACUCGCAUGUCCCAAGGCCCCCUUGAACAUUAUUUGGAUAACAUAUAUACGUGUUUGCAUAUAAUUAUUAUGGACGAAAGGCCUCACCAGCUUACUGAGGUCUGAAGGUUUAAAUCGAUCAGUUUAGUGACUUUACCAUCACACACUAUAAUCGAUGCGGUUGAUCUCACGUCUGUACCUAUUAAAUUACAUAUCAUAUUAUCAUGUCGUGAAAACGUGCUUUAAUUGGUAGCAUAGAACUGAAAACGCGCACGCUUUGGACCACUAAAUUAUGUCAAAAAU